AUCUGUCACGUAAUUACGAAACGAUCGUAAUAAAAUAAAGCGAAAGGUUUCUUAUUAGACUUCGAACUCUUGCGAAUUUCCGUGUUUUUGAACUGUGUGUUCUUGAAAUUGUGCUAUUAUUUUCAUGCAUAAGUCUUUCAGUGUAUUGUGCUAAAGAAAAAGACCUUUGAAUGUGUUUCUCCGUGGACAAAGUGCUUUUUAGGACCAGCAAUAUCGGAUAUUUGGGACCGAGCGACGGUGUCCGUCGCUGCGUAUAACAUGCGCUCCAUCCUGGCGUACUACGCCGACGCGGUGAUGGCGGCGGCGGCUCGCGGCGCGGGCUGCGCGCUCGGCUGCAGCGGCCGCGGGGACUGCCUCAACGGCACCUGCCUCUGCGAGAUCCGGUACUCCGGCGACGAGUGCGCCGGGCCCAACAUGCCUUACCACGCGUGUAUUGGCGGCGUAUUCCUCCUGGUCGCCUUCGUCUGCGCCGUGCAACUAACCAUAUGCAUAGUGUCGGAGUACAGAAGACUCAAGGCGCCCACCUUCCUUAGAGCAUGCAAGGUCACCACUCAGAAGAUGCUCUAUCUCGUCGCGUUCCUCGCCUCGCUCAUACGCGGGGCGUACUUCGUGUCACCUUCAGCGUUCCAAGAGGGCUGGGCGACAAGUCUUCUCUCCGCUUACUAUCCAUUGCUCCUGUCUGGCUCCUCGCUCAUCGUAUGCUUCUGGGCCGAGGUGUUCCACCUCCGCGAUAUCCGCUGGGAGCGGCCACGGUUCCUGUCCAAGUCGUUCCUCGCGUUCGUGACCUUCAACCUGAUCAGCUACUCGCUGCUGGCAGCCGAGGUCGUCACCACAAACGUCGCUGACACCACUGCUAAAGAGAAGAGCUUCUACCAGCACGUGUUCAACGGCUGCUACGCGGUGCUCCUCUUCAUCGUGGUCACCUUCUUCCUGAUCUACGGCGUCGAAGUCUAUUUCAAGCUUCGCGGCGAAUUCCUAAAGGAGACGAAGGUGUGCACAGUGAUACAGCCGCGUCCGGGACCUUCAUCCGCGGCAGAUGAUGACGCGCAAGCCACGCUCGUCACCAAACAGGGCGUCCAAACGGACAUGUCUCGCGGUGGCGCAGUCGACCCCCGCUCGGUGGACCACUCCCAACUCCACCAGUCCAGGGUCGGGCUCGUCAGCCAGGCUUUGAUGCUGAUCCUCAUUGCUGGGUUCCUCGCAUCGGAGACGCUCAGCGAGCUGUGGAAGACCAAAGUCCCAGUGGUGUCGCGCAACUGGCACGACCUAGUGUUCCGCCUCGCCGAGAUCGGGGUCGCGCUAUGGUUCCCCUGCGUGCUCUGGAACUCCAUGGCACCCGAGCGACUCUGGCUCCUGAACCCUCGGCGCCUGCUGGCGCGCCAGCUCGACGAUGCCAAGCUGCAGGAGUUGUUGCAGCACCACCAGGACGCUAAGCAAUCGGACGUCGAGACAGACUCGCUAGUGGGCAGCGUCGGCUCCGCCCGCGACUGCUGGAUCUGCUACGACAGCUCCCGGCCCGAGCCCCUCAUCCACCCCUGCCGCUGCACCGGCGACGUGUCCGCCGUGCACCACGACUGCCUCAGCCGGUGGCUAGCAGAGAGUGUCAAAACACCUGACGGCUUGAAAUGCAAGGUGUGCAACACGCCCUACAUCGUCCAGGAGACCAGCAGGGUGGAGUGGGAGCGCGGUUUCACGGUGGUGCACUGGGUGCGCACGGGUCUCUGCGUGGCGUGCAUGUGCGGCGCCGGCGCCGCCGCCUGGGUGGCGGUGCAGUUGUCCACAUCCCCAGUGGUGAGAGUGCUGGCCGCAGGGGCGGCCUCGCUCGUGUGCUACGUUGCCGUCAGAUUCCUCGGCAUGAACACGGUAACAGCCUAUCAGAAGGCCAAGAUCUCAUCUCUCCGCAUCCUCACCGAGCCAAUAGAUGCCUCACAGGACGACCAGGUAGCCACCAUCAGCAAGACGGUCACCGUCGAGAUCGCUUCCAAAGCGGUACUCGAGCGAGCUCUAAAGGGGGAGAUCAAUAAAUAAACUUAUUGUGAACAAUGAC